CAAUUUCAACUCAGUGCAUGGUGCUGCAAGGUGACGAGGUUCGGUCUAUAAUUUUGGUGCAGUGUGAUUAAUUUUUUUCUGUAGUUUUGGCUCAAAGUGUUGUUAGGUUUCAGUUUUAGCUCAGUGUUUUUCUGCAUAGUAAUUAUAAUCUGGUUUAGUGUGUAGUGAUGUUAUGGACAGUGUAAUACAGUGGUCAGUGACCUGGGCCAGAAACUCAAAAGUAGCGGAUUUGACGUGGAGAUUGCUGCUGUAUCCUGGCACAAGACAAAUAACCUGAAUUUCUUCAGAAAAUAUCCUAUUAAACAGCUGCUGUGUUAAAUAACAGUGUGUAGAAAUGAAUGCUGUGUAAGAUGCUCCAGAUAAGAUGCCAAAAUGUAAAAGUGCUGUUAAACAAUGAGGUCAGCUGCAGGGCUGAUGAGUUUGCGAGUGUCUGGCUUUGUGUGUGUAUUGCGUAUGCUUGUUCCUGCGUGCGUAAUUGCCAAUGUUAAAUGAGGAGAGAACAAGAGGCGCUGAUUCUGUACGAAUGGUGUCAUGGCUGAAACGGAAGUGUUGUAUAAUGGAGUGCAACGCGAACCACCGAUAGGGAAAAACGAUUGAUGUGAGAGUGACAGAGGAAGGAGGAGAGAAUGAGGAGAGGACGCAGGAAAGGGGCCAGCAAGGACAAGGUGUUCGGCUGUGACCUGCUGGAACACCUGGCCGCUUCCAGCCAGGAGAUUCCUCAGGUCUUGCGAUCUUGCAGUGAGUUCAUUGAGGAGUACGGCAUUGUGGAUGGAAUUUACCGGUUAUCUGGGGUUUCAUCAAACACACAGAAACUGAGGGGGGAGUUUGACGUUGAAGGAGUCCCAGACCUCAGUAAAGAAGUGUACCGGCAGGAUAUCCACUGCGUGAGCUCCCUGUGCAAGGCCUACUUCAGAGAACUGCCCAACCCGCUGCUCACUUACCAGCUCUACGACAAGUUCGCUGAUGCAGUGGCUGUUCAGCUGGAGGAGGAAAGACUUGUGAAAAUAAAAGAGGUGCUGAAAGACCUGCCUCUCCCCCAUUACAGGACCCUAGAGUAUCUGAUGCGUCACUUGGUGAAGAUGGCCACUUUCGCCUCGCAGACUAACAUGCACGCCAGGAACCUGGCUAUCGUAUGGGCACCCAACCUCCUCAGAUCGAAGGACAUCGAGGCGACGGGGCUGAACGGCACUGCGGCCUUCAUGGAGGUGCGCGUGCAGUCCAUCGUGGUGGAGUUCAUCCUCACACACGUCAGCCAGGUCUUCUCCAGCCCAGGCCACACCCCCGAGAGAAGGCAGUCCCUCCCCUCUCCCUCGAUCAUGUCCAAUCAGGAGGAGCCAUUUUUCAGAGCGAUCCCACUGAACGUUCCGAGCGCGCUCGGCCCAGGGAACGGCCCCCCUGCCAUGCGGUCGUAUCACGCCAUCAUCGAGGGAACCGACAAGAGGAAGGGGUCUCUGAAGGGCAGGAAGUGGAAGUCAAUCUUCAAUCUGGGAGGAAGACUCCAGGACCCCAGAAGGAAGAACAAAAGCCCCUGCAAAGAGAAAGAACAGGGCAGUCUGAGGCCAGCCAAAAGUAUGGACUCCCUCAGUUCUUUGCCCUAUAUGCCGGAAGGUACCAGACAGCACCCUUCCCUCUCUCCCCUAACCCAGCCCUCUCCAACCCUGGGCAGGGAGGCGGGGUCUACGGGCGGGGUCCUGGGCGGGGCAGUGGGCGGGGCGAGCAGCGGGUACGCGGUGACGUACCGGCGGGGCGGGGGGGCCUGCGUGAGCGUGGUCAGCGGAGGCGGGGUGCAGGGGACGUACAGCAGGCUGGAUUCCGGAGAGGCCAACGAGGGCAGCCUGCCCCCCCAGCCCCGAUCGCCGGGCAUCACCAGCCGGGCGGAACGCCGCGCCGGAAUGCACAUCUCGGGGCCCUUCUCCGUCACCGUGCCGCUCCACAUCACCUCCGGCCUCGCCCUGGGCGUGCUGCAGGGCGGGGGCCACAAGGAGGAGGGAGGGGCCCAGAGGGAGGAGGACGGGGCCCACAAAGAAGAGGGUGGGGCCCACAGGGAGGAGGACGGGGCCCACAAAGGAGAAGGUGGGGCCCACAGGGAGGAGGGUGGGGCCCACAGGGAGGAGGGCAGGGCCAACAAAGAAGAGGGUGGGUCCCACAGGGAGGCAAAUGGUGGGUCUCAUGCAGAGGAAGGCAGGGAAGGGAGGACAGCGGAAGAGAGAAAGAGGGACAAGAGCAGGGAGGAUGAAGUGGAGGGAAAGAAAACAGAGGUGAACAGGUCAGAGGAGGGCAGUGGAGAGGAAGGCAGGGGAGAGGAGGGGACGACGGAGGGUUUCUCGGUGGAGGAGACAGAGCCAGAGGAGGAAGCUCUCGCUGAAGAGGACCAGGACUAUAUGGAUAUGAGAAGGGUAUUUCCCCUAGAGGACUCACAGCUCCCUCUAGACUUCCAGGACACGUUUGGUUUCCUUGACCUCAUGGACAGCAGUACCUACAACCAGGCGAAUGAAUUCUCAGUGGAGCCCCCUUGCUAUGAGGAGGAGGAUGACUAUGAAGAAGAGUUCGGUUACCAAGGAGACGCCCCCUCCAUUGUGACCUUAGAGCUCCCGGCUCAGCUCCCCCUGACUCACAGACCUCUGACCUCCGACCCCCACGGGCAUCCCUGUAAGUCUCACAGCCUGCCUUACAAGUCCCGCCCCUUCCAGCCUGCUCGCUCCUCCACUUCCUCCUCAGAGGACGAAGAAGACGAAGAGGAGGGAAGCGACGAAGAGGACAUGUUGUUCUACAGUCUGCCCUCUAGUCUGCAGUUCCAUGCGGCGAAGGGGGGUGAGGAAGACGCACACAAAAUGGCGGACGCUGAUGCCCGUCCUGCUGCAGGCUUACCUGCACAACAAGAGCUGAACACCAAUGCCAGCACCAGCCGCAGCAUCAAUGCCAUCAGCAGUGUCAAUGCCUCUGGCCAAUCAGAGGGUGAACUGGAUGGCGUGGAUGGCGAUUGGCUGGUGGUUCUGGCCAAACCUGGGGAGAUUGGGGACGAUGGCACAGAAGAAGAGGACAGCCUGGAACUGAAGAAGAAGAUGGAGGAAGAGGGAGAGACUCCUGAAAAUACAGCCAGUGGAGAAAGUGUCCAGGCAGUUGCCCUGACAGACACAAAUGGUCUCGGAUGUGGCGAGGGAGAAUCUGGCUUUGCAGUAAGUGAAGAUCAAGAGGAAUAUGAAGAUCACUGUGGCCCAGAGCAGAGUGAGAGAGACCAUACAGCUGAACACAGUGCCACAGAGCAGAGUGAGAGAGACCAUGCAGCUGAACACAGUGCCACAGAGCUGAGUGAGAGAGACCAUACAGCUGAACACCGUGCCACAGAGCAGAGUGAGAGAGACCAUACAGCUGAACACAGUGCCACAGAAUGCAAAGAGAGAGACCAUGCAGCUGAACACCAUGCCAGAGAGCAGAGCAAGGGAGACCAUACAGCUGAACCCAGCACCACAGAGCACAAAGAGAGAGACCACGCAGUUGAACACAAUGCCACAGAAUGCAAAGAGAGAGACCACGCAGCUGAACACAGUGCCACAGAGCAGAGCAAGGGAGACCAUACAGCUGAACCCAGCACCACAGAGCACAAAGAGAGAGCCCACGUAGCUGAACACAGCACCACAGAACCCAAAGAGAGAGACCACACGGCUGAACAGACUCCCACAGAGCACAGUGAGAGAGACCAUGCAGCUGAACCCAGCACCACAGAGCACAAAGAGAGAGACCACGCAGCUGCACACAGCACCACAGAACCCAAAGAGAGAGACCACACGGCUGAACAGACUCCCACAGAGCACAGUGAGAGAGACCAUGCAGCUGAACCCAGCACCACAGAGCACAAAGAGAGAGACCACGCAGCUGCACACAGUGCCAGAGAGCAGAAUGAGAGAGACCACACAGCUGAACAUCCAGAACCCAAAGAGAGAGACCACGCAGCUGAACUCAGCACCACAGAGCACAGAGAGAGACUGCACAAUGACACUGGGCCAGAGAGCACAGCCGAGAGUCACCACGGAAGCCCGGAGGACCCAGAGGGUUGCCAUGGUGACUCAGUGAGCGGAACCAAAGCGGCAGCAGAAUUGAUGGAGUGCAGUGAGAGCCCCGAGCCCUGUCCUCUGCCCCUCCCAGAACCCCCAUGGGGGCCACACACCUGCGCUCACCUGUUUCCGGAACCACCCACUACUACACCUGGUGAGCAAGAGGACACCUGCAGGGAGGAAGGGGGAGAAAGAGAGCUGGAGGGUGGGAGAGAGGGAGGGGGAGAGGAUAAUACAGAGAGCCACAACCAGCUAGAUGUGCAGGAGAAAGAGAAAAGGAAGGAAAAAAGGGAGGAGAGCCAAGAAAGGAAGGUAACAUCGGGAGGACCGGAGGAGGGGAGAGGAGAGAGGGAUCUCAGAACAGAGGGAGAGAAUGUACAGAAGCACGAGGCCCAGGUGAACGAAAGAGAGAGGGAUGAGGAGCGCAGUAAGGGAGGAGAGGAAGACAGAGGGCAGGGGGCGACGCAGGGGAGGAGUGCCAGGGAGGAGGGACGGAGGGAGGGGAGAUCUCCUGUCGUGGGGCCGAGCGUGGCCAGAAAGCUGGUUCGCUCCAAACAGGUCACGCCCAAACUGCAGCAGGCCAAGGCCGUGCCCGUGGUCCCGCCCAAGCCGCAGCUCUGCAAACUGACCGCCCUCUCCCUGCGACAGCAGAGAGAGAGGGAGAGAGGGAGGGAGGGAGCGGGGGACAGGGACGGAGAGAGGGCGCCGACCGGAGACGGGGAGAAAGAGGAGCAGAGGAGAGGAGAGGCGGAGAGAGAAAAGGGCGGGGAGGGGGAGGAGGAAAACCAGGGCGAGGUGGAAAGAUUGGGGGAGGACGGGAGAAGCGUGGAAAAGGAGACGAAGAGGAACAGCGGGGUCAGCGUGUGCUUCGAUGUGGCUGUCGCCAGGGCGACAGAGAGGAGGGGGAGAGAGAGGGAGAGAGGAAAAGACGGACAGGUGGAUGGCAGGAGAGGGGCAGAAAAAGACUGAGGACGGCGAGAGGAAAAAGAACAGGAAAAGUUGAUGGGAAUGAGAAUGAGCAGAGGUGAUGAAACGGAUAGAAGGGAACAUGGAGACAAAAGGAGAAAGAGAGAGAGAGAGAGAGAUGAAAGGAGGGCAAGUGAGAGAGAGAGAGAGAGAGAGAGAGAGAGAGAGAGAGAGAGAGAGAGCAGAGAUAGUGUUUGGUGCAGAUGGGCCAGGAUAGUAUGAAUAUACAAACGUACACAGCUCAGAUAUAAUUAACAUAACCUUCUCUCAAAUCUAAAUAACACAUUCCACACAUUAAACUAUAAUAAUAAUAAUAAUAAUAAUAAUAAUAAUAAUAAUAAUAAUAAUUAUUAUUAUUAUUCCUUUAAAUAUCACAUUCUAUGGUAUUAAAUACACUGGCGCUGAAAUCUAAAUAUAAAAACUCAGUACAGAAGUCAUCUUCACCUGGUUUAAAUAGAAGCAGGUUGAUUGCUGAUUUACCUGUGGCAUCUCGCCUCAAUGGUGUCUUUCCUGUGAAAAGUAGGGGCGCACACAAGCAUCUUUAAACAGCUUUCAAAAGUGUGCAUUUUCACAAUCGGUAAACUGAAUGUUCUAACAAUGACAACGACGUGCAUUCACACGGUGGCAAAAAUAGGGAACUUUCUAAAUGGUCUUUACGGUCACUCCACUCUGUGCCAAAAAGCUGAUUAUGUAAUAUUUUAAUUUUACCAGUCUUAAAUGUUGGAGAUUCUAUUAAACAUGUGCAGUAUUUUUCCGUAUGCCAGUUCGCAGAACGAGCAGCUCCAUAGCUCUGAUGGCAGUCUUCGCCACUCCUUUGGAGCUGUUCAGUUAUGUCGAUCAGUGCAUUUUUAUAGCAGCGUGUUCUGUUCUAUAAGAUAUACACUUUAAAUAUCAAUUCUUAAUUACAUGUUUGUUCUUACUGUAAAAUGUGUAAAAAAAAAAAAAGAUGUAUUUUCAGAAGUGUUUUGCGUUCCAAAUAUUGUGCUUCCCUAUACAGUAAAAUGCUCAGUGUUAAAUCAAGUUUUCCAGAGUUAAUAUGGUGAUAAUUUUUGUCCCUGUUGUACUUAUAUGUACUCUGCUAGAGUCGAAUUAACCAUGGACAUUUUACUGCGUAGCGACUCAAACUCCUGUUCAAGCAGCUUCAAAAGUAAAAAGAAUAAAAUAUAUUUUCCCACAAAA